AUGGCAUCUAAUUCUCAAUCAGGUACCUGGCAGCGGAGGAAGCCUAAAGUGAAAGUCGAAUUGUCUGAGGGACAGAAACAUGAAAUUAAAGAGACCUUCAAUUUCUUUGAUGUUGAUGGAUCCGGAAAUAUUGACUUGAAAGAACUAAAGGCUGCAGUUUGUGCACUAGGGUUUGAGCCACAGAAAGAAGAAAUUAAUAACAUGAUGGCAGAGAUUGACAAAGAAGGACUUGGCACCAUUAAUUUUGAAAGCUUUCUUACCGUGAUCACUGCGAAGAUGAGGGAAAAGGAUGAAAAAGAACAACUUUUGAAGGCUUUCAAGUUAUUUGAUGAUGAUAAUACAGGAUGGAUCACCCUCAAAAAUAUUAAGAAAGUUGCCAAGGAAUUGGGAGAAAAUUUAUCAGAUGAUGAACUUCAGGAAAUGCUGGAUGAAGCUGAUCAUUCUGGCAAUGGAAAAUUGAAUGAAAGAGAGUUUUUGAAGAUAAUGAAGAAAAACAGUCUUUAUUAA